CUUUUCCUUACUGUCUCAGGUGAUUGCCCAUCUUUUGAAGCCUCGCGGCUGGAAGCCGCCUGUUCGGCGGCAAUUUUUCUUGGACUGCAAUGAGAUGGCUGAUCUUUGUGACACUGCCGAAAGGAUAUUUGCGAGUGAACCUAGCGUUUUACAGCUUAGGGCUCCUAUUAAGAUAUUUGGUGACCUGCAUGGGCAAUUUGGGGAUCUUAUGCGGCUUUUCGAUGAGUAUGGUUCCCCAUCGACUGCUGGGGAUAUAUCGUAUAUUGACUACCUCUUCUUAGGAGAUUAUGUUGACAGGGGCCAGCACAGUUUGGAAACGAUAACUCUUCUUCUUGCUUUAAAGGUUGAGUAUCCCCUCAAUGUACAUCUAAUUCGUGGCAACCAUGAAGCUGCAGAUAUUAAUGCGCUUUUCGGCUUUCGAAUUGAGUGCAUCGAACGGAUGGGUGAGCGAGAUGGAAUUUGGGCAUGGCAUCGAUUUAAUAGAUUGUUCAACUGGCUUCCUCUGGCAGCAUUAAUCGAGAAAAAGAUAAUCUGUAUGCAUGGUGGUAUUGGAAGGUCAAUUAAUCAUGUUGAACAAAUAGAAAAUAUCCAGCGUCCUAUCACUAUGGAUGCUGGCUCAAUUGUUCUUAUGGAUUUAUUGUGGUCUGACCCAACAGAAAAUGAUAGCGUUGAAGGAUUAAGACCAAAUGCAAGAGGUCCAGGGUUGGUCACUUUUGGGCCUGAUCGUGUGAUGGAAUUCUGCAACAACAAUGAUCUUCAACUGAUAGUCCGAGCACAUGAAUGUGUGAUGGAUGGAUUUGAACGAUUUGCUCAGGGACAUUUAAUUACACUUUUCUCAGCCACUAAUUACUGUGGUACUGCUAAUAAUGCUGGUGCUAUCUUGGUAUUGGGUAGAGAUCUUGUUGUAGUUCCGAAACUUAUUCACCCGCUGCCGCCAGCAACAUCUCCUGAAACUUCACCAGAGCGGCAUAUAGAGGACACUUGGAUGCAGGAGCUAAAUGCUAACAGACCACCUACACCAACUAGAGGACGUCCUCAAGUUGCCAACGAUCGAGUGAUAUGUACAUAGCACGACACCAUUCAGAGAGUUCCAUGGAAAUGCUUAUCCUCUUGAAAAGUUGAAGGCUUGAGGCACCUUAGGGAUUCUUCCACAGAAAAGAUGCUUUCAGAGGAUCAGAUUUAGAUAUUGGAGGUUGCAGGCGCAUGGUCUAUUCAUCAUGAUGCAGAGCAGUUCGGGGUUUCUGAUAGUUGCCCUUUGUACAUUGAGCCACAAGCAGGUAGAAGGAUUUUAUCAUGAUGCAGAGCCAGUUCCUGCUGGGUUUUUAUUGUAUUUUAUUCCUUUUUAAGAGCCAGUUCCAGGUGGGUAGUGCUGGGUUUUUAUUGUAUUUUGUUCCUUGUUAAUCCUACAUAUUUUUUUCCUCGUUUAGGGUGUAUCAUUUUUGUCUACAGUAGAAGAGGACUUGAGUCGUCCCCCACAUAUGAUUGCUGUCGUAAUUCAUGUAUCAUAGAGGUGGUUACUUUGUGUAAUUGUAUUGGUGCCUUGUAAAAUGUUGCUUCCACGUGAACAAGAAAAAGAUACGAAAAAAUAGCUGGUCAUCUACUAUUUAUGUUUUUUA